CAAGUCCCCAACUUGUAGACAUAUUAACAUCCUCACCUUCAGGGCAAAAUCGUGCUAUAGACUCAGCAGCUCGUGCUUCGUGAACUCAAUUGACGAUUGAACUCAAUUCAACUGCUGGCCCGAUGGCCACCACCACCACCACGCUCACGAAGCUCGCGCUGUCUCUGACUCUGGUGCACGCAGUGUGUGCGAGCAGGCAGAUUCUGCAAGCGUGCGCAGGCGUGUCGCAGUAUAUUAUAGCGCCUUCGUACAAGUGGCCGGACUGCUCGAUCACGACCCCGAGCUGCCCAUGGUACUCGUUCUCGAACGGCGCGGACAUCGUCAUCAUAAAUCCGAACAGCGGGCCCGGGACGAGUGCGAGCCCGGAGUUCGAGACUUUGGUCAGCGAUAUCAGAGCUUCGAAUGACACGUACAUCACCACCAUUCUGGGCUACGUGCCCACGAAUUAUGGAGCCAAGAGCGAGGCCGCCGUCAAUGCCGAGACCGACCUGUACAACUCUUUUUACAACGUGGACGGCAUUUUCUUCGACGAGGCGUCCAUAAACUGCAGCUUAACGUCGUACUACAGCAACAUAGUGAAACAUGUGCAGGACACGACCAUGUCGCCCACUGGCCAGGAUUACACCAUUCUCAACUGGGGCACCAAUGGGCCCGAAUGCUUCCUCCAGACCACGUCGGGCAAUGUCCCCGCCGACAACUUCGUCACCUUCGAGAAUUCUCACGCGAGCUAUGCGUCGUACGCUCCCCUCGCGUACAUGGCCAACUAUGACCCUGCACGCUUCUACCACAUCGUGUACAACGUGACUGAAGCCAACCUCAUCUCCACCAUGACCAAAUCGAAGCAGUCUCGCGCCGGCAGGGUCUAUGUCACGAAUGAUGAUCUGCCGAAUCCCUACAACACUGCCCCGACGCCCUUCACCUCGUACUGGCAAGCCGAGGUCGAGAAGGCGGCCGCCUCGUGCUGAUCUCGAGCGCCUUCUGUCGUUGCUUGUAGCCGAAUCUCAUCAGCUGCAUGCACUUUAGGUCGUAGCAAUUUUCGGUGUCUUCCACUUCGAUCGGCUAGUAAUAGAUACACAAAAUUAUUGCGAUACGGCCCGAUUAGAUUUAGAUUACCUAAAUUAGUUUCAUUUAGUCGUACCAGGAUACCUUCGUUAAGGAUGUGAGUAAAUGUGAAUUUUAUUUAUUUAACAUCUCUAGUGUAAAUUAUUGCUCGAAUUGUUCAAUGAACAUCGUC